UGGAGUGUCCCGGGCCCGCGCCCCGCCGCGGCCGGCCGGCCAUGCUCAUCACGCUGUGCUACUUGUACCUGUGGGCGCGCUGGGGGCGCCGGCCGGCCGCGCUCGUGCGCAUCACGGUGCAGCGGCUGCGCGCCUCGCGCUGCUCCUUCACCUUCUGCGUGGCGGCCGCGCGGCCCCCGGAAGCCAGCGUGUGCCUGAGCCGCGGCGGCCGCGUCUUCUGCGUCGGCGAGAGCCAGUCCAUCGAUGACUUGAACAAAUGGGCCCUCUAUCUCGUGUCUCCUCUUCUACCUGAAGCCGAACACAUAGCGUUUGUGACAGAGAGCGUUUGGGGGCGGGGUGAGGAUCUGCAGAGGCCGCCUUCCCCGACGCAGACCAUUGUGAAGUGGUCAGACUGUUGUGCGCCGUUAGCUUGCAGACCUGGGGACCCUUAUCAGUUCAUCGCCAGAGCAAGCGUGGAUGACUUCAGCAGGCUGGGGGUGGCGUUCAUGGAAGACAGACUCCAGAUGGCUAAUGGGUUGAUACCCCAAAAGAUUGUUUCCGUGCACCUGCAGGACUCCACUCUGCAGGAGCUUAAGGACCAGGCCGCUGCCAAGCCAGCCCACAGCCUGCAGCCGGGCCCCCAACCUGCCGUCCAGGGUGAGCCUGAUCCGGGCGUCAUGGAGCACGUUGGCAAAGAUGACCGGAAGGUUCUCGGUGCAGAACCCACGCCAGGGCGAGGCGGCGCCUCCGGGAACGAGGCCGCUGGGGAGAGCGACCGAGGAGCGGGCUGCACCGAGCUCUGCGGCCUCCACCUGUCCAGCUGCCACGAGUGUUUGGAGCUGGAGAACAGCACCAUUGAGUCCAUCCGGUUUGCAUCUGCAGAAGACAUUCCAGAUCUUCCCUACGACGCCAGCGGCGGCGGCGGCGGGGAGGGCGUGGCUGAUGCCGUCGGCCCCGAGCGAGAAGGGAGGAGGACCAACCUCACGGGGAAGGCACCCAACAUCCUCCUCUACGUGGGCUCCGACUCCCAGGAGGCCCUGGGCCGGUUGCAGGAGGUCCGGUCCGUCCUGGCCGACUGCGUGGACCCCGACAGCUACACGCUGUACCACCUGCCGGAGGAGAGUGCGCGCCGGGACCCGUGGCCGGACAACUGCCUGCUGCUGGUCAUCGCCGGCAGGGAGCCUGUUCCCGAAGACGUGCACCAGACGUUCCUGGCCUACCUGGCCCAGGGCGGGAAGGUGCUGGGCCUGUCUUCGUCCUUCGCGUUGGCUGGCUGCCAGGUGACCAGCAAGGACGCGCUGCAGGAGACGGUCCAGAGCCUGGUCUUCUCCAAGGCCGACCGGAGCCAGGUGGAGCUCAGCGUCCUGAGCAGCGGCUGCGUUUACGAGCAGGCCCCCGGGGAGCCGCUCAGCCCGGGCCCGCUCCAGGGCCACCUGGACAACGAGGACCAGGACAGGCUGAUCGUGCAAGUGCCUUUUGGAGCGCGUGGAGGGGAGGCCGUGCUCUGCCAGGUGCACCUGGAACUGCCUCCCAGCUCCUCCGUCGUGCAGACUGAGGAAGACUUCAACCGGCUCAAGUCCAGCAACGCGAGGAGGUACGAAGUCCUGAAGGAGAUCCUGACCGCCCUGGGCCUCCGCUGUGACGCGCAGCACGUCCCCGCCUUAACGCCCCUCCACCUGCUGCUGGCGGCCGAGGAGAUCCGGGACCCUCUCAUGCGGUGGCUGGAGAAAUGCAUGGAUGCCGGAGGAGUGAUAAAGUCCAGCAAGCUCUCCCUCAAGUUUGUCCCGUCCCACACGCCGGAAACGGAAGUCACCCCAACCGCCCUCCCCGUGGUGACGGACACGACGGCCUUCUCCUGCGCACAUUUUGACUUGGAGAUCUACCGGCAGAAUCUGCAGACAAAGCAACUCGGGAGAGUGGUUCUGUUUGCUGAAGUGACGUCCUCCACCAUGAACCUUCUGGACGGGUUGAUGUUUGAGACGCCGCAGGAAAUGGGUUUAAUAGCCAUCGCAGUCCGCCAAACACAGGGCAAAGGGCGAGGAGGGAACGCGUGGCUGAGCCCCGUGGGAUGCGCUCUCUCCACGCUGCUGGUCUCCGUCCCACUGAGGUCCCCGCUGGGACAGAGGAUCCCGUUCGUCCAGCACCUGAUGUCCCUGGCUGUGGUGGAGGCGGUCCGGUCCAUCCCCGGGUACGAGGACAUCAACCUGCGGGUGAAGUGGCCCAACGACAUCUACUACAGUGACCUCAUGAAGCUGGGCGGGGUUCUGGUCAACUCGACGCUCGUGGGAGAAACAUUUUACAUUCUUAUUGGCUGUGGAUUUAACGUGACUAACAGUAACCCCACCAUAUGCAUCAACGACCUCAUCACAGAAUACAACAAGCAGCACGGGGCGGACCUGGCGCCCUUAAGAGCUGAUUAUCUCAUCGCCAGAGCUGUGACGGCGCUGGAGAGCCUGAUGGGCACCUUUCAGGACGCAGGGCCCAGCGGGGUGCUCCCCCUGUAUUACAAGUACUGGGCACACAGUGGCCAGCGAGUCCGCCUGGGGAGCGCUGAGGGGCCCGAGGUGUGGAUCGUCGGCCUGGAUGACUCCGGGUUCCUCCAGGUGCACCAGGAGGGUGGCCAGGUGGUGACUGUGCACCCGGACGGCAACUCCUUCGACAUGCUCAGAAACCUCAUCGUCCCCAAGCAGCGGUAGUCCCUCGGGAAGGCGGCUGGGGGCGCGCAGAGCGGGCCUGGCGCUGGGACCACUCAGGACUGGCCCGGGCCGGCCAUCGCAGCAAGCAUUCCAGUUCGGGCCUGCUCUCUCCUUGCCCACAGAUCUAGAAAGCUAGCUGAGAGGUGUGGACGAACGUCUUCUCCCUCCAGUGAACCUGUUAGUCCUUGAGUUUUGUUCUGUCAGUUCUUUCCUCGGGUGAUGGAGGAAGAUCCGGGGGAGGGUUCCGCGAGGAAAGCCCUACCAAAGGUGUGACAUUGUUCCCCUCUUGGGCCUGGAUGUGUGUUUAUUGCACCCCCCCCCCCCCAAAUCUUUUUACCUGGGAACCACAAUGGAAUAAUUCAGACGUUUCCCAGCAGUGGAGACCUUUACCCCUAGACUAUUAAAAAGCAAAUCAAAGAGCUCUGGGCUGUGCGGGGCAGGCGGAGGUGCGGCAGCUGUUUACAGCACCCAGGGCGGUUUCCUGCGGGGCAGACGGGCACUGCGGCGUCGUUACGUGUGUGUUAAUGAGGAGAAGAGAAGGUCAGCUUCUGAGAGUUCCUCUCCGCCUGGCGGUUCGAGGUCCAAUGGCAGUGGCCACAGAGGCGGCUCAGCGGGGCCGGCUGCGAUGAUCGUGCAGAGGACACUGGUUAAUUACUUUGACUAGUUCUGAGCUCUCCUUUCAUAGCUUUAGUUUUACUGCGUAUUCUGAAGUGAUGGAUCAGGUUCAGGGCCCUUCAGGGCUGAUUAGGCAUUGCCCAGAUGUGGGGGCGCCCUGGCUCUUGACAGCUGGAGAUGGAGGCUCGCGCUGACGCACGCAGGGGGGACUGGUAGCUUUUGAGCCCGUUGAGGCGGCUUUGAAAUGUUCCUAUGAGACUGCUCACAGAACACAGAAGUACGUGACCUGGUGUUUGCAAAUCAUUAUAUUUUUGCCCCCUUCUGAUAUCGACAAGAAAAUGUUAUUGAUAUGGAAUGCCAUCAUUUAAGUGUGUGUGUGUGAGGGGGGCGGGGGGAGGGAGAGAGCGCUCUUUAAAUUAUCUUCAGAAUCUGAUACACUGAGUCUCCACCGAGGAACAAAAGGAAGGAAGCCUUUUGAUACACAUUUGCUGUUUCCAGAUGGACUCCACGCUUUUCCCAUGUAACUCCUGUCUCUGUUGAAUGUGUGAAUCAUGCACAUUGCUUUUCAGCCUUAAAGGCCGGUUUUUGCCCACUUUUCUCUCUUCCUGCCAGUCCCAAGUGAAAUUAGCGGAAAGAAAACGGAUGGCGCUCUCAGCUUUGAACGAAACCGCCUGAUUGUGCAGCCCGCACCAUCUUCCCCCACCUCAGCCGCCAGGCUGAUCCCCGAGACGUGCCGUUUGGAGGAGAUGGUGCGCCCUCAGCCAGGCACGGGCAGCCCCACAGGAAGGGAGCAAAAGAAGUUAAGUAACCAGCCCGAUAUGUGUUUUUUGGAAAUGUAACUUUUUAAAAAGAA